AUGCAAAAGCCUGAUUUGUGCUUCUUCGAGCAUGUUAUUGAUGAAACCGGAUGCCGUCCCAAUCAAGUGGUCAUGGUCGAUGACCAGGCUGAGAAUAUCUGUGCCGCGCGAUCCUUUGGAAUUCAUGGUCUUGUGGUCGACAAGAAUUCAGUUGGCAUCAUUUGCCAAACAUUGCAGAAUUUGUUCCAAGGCCCGCUUGCAAGGGCCGAGGUGUACAUAAAAGCCAACGCUGGAAACCACCGUAGCGUUGUCGAAGGCCAGGACAUCACUCUGAAGGAUAAUUUCGCUCAGUUAUUCAUCUGGGGAAUCACCGGGGAUGCGAACCUUGUUGACCUCAAGUGGCCGUCUACUGCUCAGGUCAAUGGCCACUGGAAGAACACAAAGCUCUCUACACAAGCCAAUGUUAAUAGCGGUUUAUGGAACUAUUUCUGUGAGGACCCCAUUUUUACGACCAAGGAGUUCCCCGCCGACGCAGACACCACAUCCAUGGCUUAUUUGUCUCUUCCGGAGAGCUAUCUCUCGAAACUAACCAACGUAAAUUUGGUUCUGGACAAAAAUGGCAUCAAACCAAAGUCCGGAUGGAAUUAUGCAGACUUUUGCGACGAUAGACCCCGAACAACCCCCGAAGUCUGCAUCAACAUGCUUAGGGUCUUCUACCGCUUCGGCCGCGGCAACGAUCCCCGUAUCAAGACGAAAGACUGGGCGGUUCAGUGUCUCAAGAACCAAGCCUGUCUCUAUGGAAAUCGGGUCUAUACUACGCCCGAGACCUUUCUCUAG